GAAAACGACGACCCAUUGGGUGCUGAUGAAGUCGCAUUGGCCGUGGCCCCCUUUUGUUACAAGGUGAUCAUUUCAUUACUGCGUGGCGUCCCUGUUUGAGCUUGAUGACGACGAUGAGGAUGGAUCUCUGUGCAAAACAUUUUGCUCCCCGUUGCACUUCCACACGGGCAUCCUCGCAUCUUUGCGUCCAUGUUCGCCGCUCCACCUUGGUCCUCCCAUGUGAUUCCAUCUCAUCACCAUCACCAUCACCAUCACCAACCAACCCAUGUCUGGCAAUCCGGCGCACGCGACGAGUGGAUCCUCAGUCCCAGUCCCAGUCCCAGUCCCAGUCCCGAGUCCCGGCCAUGUCGCCGUCUCGUUUUGUCGCCGUGCUUUACGUAUUCAGUUGCGCCAGCCGCGAGCAGCUCCACCUGGGACUUGGCAUUGUGCGGGCUCGACUUGUCUGUUUCUGGAUUGCCUUGACUCGCUGUUCUCGUUACAGUCUGUCUUUUAUUACUCCGUGCUGCGUACUCUCCUGCUCCUCUCCUCUCAUAAUCAUUACUUGCUAUUCCGUAACGCUAACCUUGAACGAACCGCGCCGUGGCCCCGGCAUACGGCCUUGGCAGGGACUAAAACCGUCGAAACCCACCCGCGACCCUACGCCUUCUUGGUGUCUUCCUGUCUCCCCUUCCCCUUGUCCCUCCCCCUCCCCCUCACAAGUGCCAACUAACUAACCCCCGUUGCGUCUCUUCCACGCCGGUGGCCUGUCUUGGUCCGAGCUAGUCCGCAGGUUGUUGCUCCCCCUGUUGGACCGACAGCGGAGUCCUCUAGCCGCAGCGCAAGUG